CGUAUCUCUGGGCAACCAAACUGGUCUGGGAAGAAUAGUGCAACAUUCUGGGCUACAAACAAGCACACAAAGCAUUUCUUAAGAAAGGAUUGAUUCAGAAUGCCUCAGUUGGAAGGGGAGCAGCUGUCGGGGGCUCAGGAGCUGCAGGGGAGGCUGGCUUGGAUGGGUGUAGAGCGGAGACUGCUGGCGACACCACUAAGAGCUCCAGGGUCACAGUGGGAGAGGCUGCUCCCCCGGAGGGACCCCCAGGACGAGAAGACUGGGAACCACAUAUCUGCAGACCCUGGGGCCUUGGAAGUGGAUACAGGAGACCGUGCCCGAGAGCAAAAAGAGGAGGAGGUGGAAGAAGGGGAUGAGGAACGGCAGAAGCUGGAACCCCAACGGGCCUUUCGACAGCUUGAUCUGAGGCAGGUGCUGAUGAGGGAAUUCCCCGAAGAAAAAGACGUCCCCAGAACACACAGUCCUCAACUAUAUGGACAGGAGCAACAGGCAUGGUCACACUUUCAGUUCCGUGCUCAGAAUGGCCAGAAGGCUGCUGGCUCUAGGCCCAGUCACUGGAACCCCUGGCAGGAAUACCCAGAUGUGGCCAAUCAGAUUAUUGCGUUAGUUAUUGAACUUCAGCAGCUGAGAAGGGUCUGUCGGAAAGGAGGGUCACCUGACUCCCCUGAGGACAUGGAGGCCAGGGAUUGGCUGGAAAGAGCAGCACUGCUGAAGCACUGUGUGGGAAUUAUGGAGCACAACGAGGCCAGACUGGCUGCCCUCAGGAGAGAGGUUUCAGAAAUGAAGCAGGGAGGGGUCAUGGAUCAAGUGGCCUUCCAGAGGAAAGACCUGUAGAAAGCCAGCCCCAGAAAGCAGACGUGGAAACAUCACAUUAUGAAUGACAAGCCAGAAGGAGCAUAUCAACUACUGCACCUGAGUAACCAUCUUCGGAUGUAUGAUUGUUUGUCUGAAAUGUAAUUAAAUGUGACAAACUAAAAUGUCCCUUUAAAUCUAGUGUAUGGCUUUAAACUACAGUCUAUAUAAACUGCAUACAGGUAAACACUAUGCAAAUACAGACCCCAUUUCCAGAAGAGUUGAGAUAUUUUCUAAAAUGCCAUAAGAACAAAUAUCUGUGACUGGUUAAUUCAU